AUGGACAAGACUUUCCAAUUGAAAAUUGAGUGUGAGGGCUCGCUCACUGUUCGUUUUUGCCUUUGCAUUUACUCGGCUAUUGCAAAGCCUUUUGGUCAGAGCUUAAAGACUUCUUACACGGCUGUGCUAGGAGUCUGUCAAUCCCUGCAGCAACAAGUCCAUGCAGACGUUUUACAAAUUGACGCAAUCCUCUCCCAAGCAAAGGCUUCGGUGGUAAACGUCAAUGACACGGCGUCUUUUGACGCAGUCACGCUCGUCUUCCAGCACAUGAGUGCCAGCAUCGCCAAUGCAACUGAUUUUGGCAAGCUUCAAGUUACACGAGCAAGGCCUACCGUUGUCGAGAGUCGGGAUGCUAUCUCUGAUAUUGUGUUUGGGAUCGUUGGCGCGCUGCAGGCUAUUGUUGCAGACCUGAGCACUGCCAUUGAAGAAUCUUUAGAUUUUUUCAACACUUCUGAAAUUGUAAAGGGUCUUGCCGCGCUUUUGGUUGAAGGUCUCUUAGCACUGAUCGACGGCGUUCUAAAGCCGCUGCUGGGGCUGCCGUUUGGUGAACAGCUACGCUCGCUUAUUAACAGCAUCAUCAAACUGAUUUCGCUCUGA